UACACACAUACCAACUUGCGUGUACCGUGUACCUUCGUGUGUUCAUUUGCUAGUUUACUCGGUGUUUGCUUCCUAUAGGUGGUAUGAAUUUUGGUUAUGAAUUUCUAUACAAUGCAUAAAUCCAUUUACGAGACAACUCUGUGCGAUAUUUCGUGUAUUUUUUAGAACUUGUUGAGAAAGUUGCAUCUAUAUAACGUUUGACAACGUUCUGUUUAUCUGCGCCUCUUACAGACACUUUUCCGACUAUAAUGGGUUAAUGUUUUAGGUUACAUACUUAGGAUACUAAAUGAUACCUUAUAAAACACAUGGCAGGCCAAGAAAACACUAAAAAUUAUCAUGCACUCUGUGCAAACGAUAAAGAUGAAAUUGAAGGUCUUAACGAAAGGUUGUUACAGUUAUUAUCUGCACAAAAAGUUUUGUCGCAAAAUGAUGAAAGCAACAUAUCACAAACAUUGAGUGAUAGUAAUACCAAUAAUUGUAGAUUUGAGAAUGAAAGUAAAGCAUCCAAUUGGCCAUUGUUUAGCCAACAUAGACAUGAUUGUUCUCUUUUACAUCAUAAUAGUGUAACCAAAUUGCCAACUUUACCAGCAUAUCUACCACCUAUUGGAGUAUUUUGGGACAUAGAAAAUUGUCAGGUUCCUAAAGGAAAGUCUGCUAUAGCAGCAACACAAGUAAUUAGAGAUAAAUUUUUUAGUAGGUACAAAGAAGCAGAAUUUAUCGUUGUUUGUGAUGUUUGGAAGGAGACUAGUCAGGUUGUGAAAGAAUUAAACGAUGCUCAGGUUAAUUUAAUACAUGUUUCUGGAAGCUGUAAAAAUGCUGCAGAUGAAAAGUUAAAGCAGUCCAUAAGGAGGUUUGCAGAUAUACAUGGAAGUCCAGCAACUGUGAUUUUAAUAUCUAGUGAUAUUAAUUUUGCUGCUGAUCUCAGCGAUUUACGUUAUAGAAAAAAGAUCCACGUAAUACUAUUGCACAGUAGGAAUACCUCUGAUGCAUUAAUAUUCUGUGCCAAUGAGCAUUAUGAUUUUUUUGAACUUAUGGAAUCACUGCCGUCCAGUACUAUAGAGGUUACUGCAUUUUAUGACCUCCUAGUUUGUAAUCUCCCUAAAGAUAAAGAUGUUUUGUGCAUUAAGCGUCGUCUUAAACAAUUGUCAGAAAACUGUGGUGGACGGGUAGUGGAAGUCCAAUCGACUAAUGCAGUUGUACGUUUCACUUCACAAAUUUUUGCAGAAAGGGCUCAGAAACGUAUGGAUGGAGAAUUUGUCCUUGGUUCGAAAAUUUCGGUAAAAUUUCCGAAGGAGAAAGGAAAUUAUUUUCAGAAAUUUCAAGGAAACUUUACAAACAGAAAUCGUGCAGUGAGUGAAUCAGAAAUUCCAAUUAGUUCCUCAAAACAAAUGUAUAGUGCGAGUGCUUCUGUAACGGGUGGAAGAGCACUUCCAAUGCCACAUUAUCAAUCAUCAUCUCCAGUUAUUGGAUCAUAUGCUUCAGCCUGGAGUGCUCAUUGUGCUCCUGUCUCUGCUCCGCCAGGGUUGAUUCUACCACCACCAAUAUUCAUUGGGAGACCGUAUUCGAGUAAUAAUAAUGUAACAUUUAAUAGAACCUAUAAUGAACUUGCAAGGGUCCAAUCUCCAUUAUUUUGGCAAAUCUCCGGUUCCCAACAAUUUGGUCAUAUGUGGGAGGAGCAGUAUAAAGUGGAGAAAAAAUUACUUAGUAGAAGAAUUCAUAUCCCGCAGGCUCGGGAUAAUACAAUCACAAAUAAUGUAUCCUCUCGAACUCCAGAGAGCUUGAGACGUAUGCGAGGAGCACAUAACUCUUUUGUCCAAUCUUCAGAAUGGACAGGUCCGAGACAGCAGCAUCCUCUGUUAAAUGUUUCAGCGAAUUUCAAUGGAAACGGGCACUCUCAAUCAAAUUCGUUCAGACGUCGCAGUCCAUCGCCAAUGUGCGAUCUACAACUGCGAGAACGAAAUCAGUGGGGUGCACAGAAUCAACAAUCUACGUCUGUGCGAAAUGUUAGAACACCGUCGCCGUACGAAAAUUCUGUACAAAUAACCAACCAGCAAAAUAAUUACACGUCUCCUUAUCAACCAAGCGAUGCAGAGAACGAAGAAGUGGAGAAAUUCUUCAAUCCAAUCAGUAGUCAAAAUGGAAGUUCAAUAAGCAACGAAACUUGCACGCCUAUUGAAUUGCAAGUAACAAAUUUAGAUCAAAGUAUUAUUCCAAAAAAGAUGAGGCACAUGCUUGCCUCAAUCUUUCUGGAGCAUGUAAUGGUAUUAAACGUCUCGAUUUUCACACAAUCCGAUGGCAAUUUUGCUGCCAGCGUCAAAGUGCCUUCUUUGUCAGACGCUCAAUACGCAAUUUCUCAAUUACAUCGACGCAAAGUUGGCUAUAAACGUAUUUUAAUAGCAUACGCUCAUAGCGGUAGAGCAAGUCCUCAAGUAAUACGAGCUCAGAUUGUGAUGUUAUUGCAAGAAGUACCAGGACAUAAGCUUCCGCUUUUCAAAUUCCGUGAAAUGUAUGAGAGUCGUUUCAUGAUUUCCAUCAGCGUUUCGGAACUCUACAAAAUGAAAGAUGUUUGUAUCGUCACCGAGAAUCCUGGUGGUAGGAUGGUUUCUCUGAAUCCAGAUCACCGGAAUACUCCAUCACCUAGUCUCAAUACUACGGUUCAGGAAGAACAACAAGUGGAACUACCGUAUUGCGCCAUUCAUAUGAUAAAGCCAUGGUCGGAUAAAGGAUGGGCCGAGCAGAAAGUAGCAUCGCUUCCUAAUGUAAACAUUUCUUUGAAAGUUCUCGACUCACGCAUAUAUCAGUUGCUAAGCACACAUAACGGAAGUUUACCACUGCCUAGCUUGCCAAAUUGCUAUGAGGCCGAAUUCAAAGAAAAGCUACAAGUUAUUGAGAACGGAGUACCUUUAGAACAUUUGGUAUCUUGUUUGCCUUGCGUAGAAUUGAAGCAAGGCAUGGGCAGCGUUAAAUAUCUUAUUUGGACAGGGAAUAAAUCUCAUGAUAAUAAUCAUGAAGAAAACAAAUGCGUAAGUCCUCCACUUGCUAAUCAAUUAGCACUAUUCAGUCGCGAGUUGGUCGACCUUUUGAAAACUGCUCCUCACUGUCAAUUGCCGUUUAAUCGAUUUAUACCAGCGUAUCACCAUCACUUUGGACGACAAUGUAGAGUUGCGGAUUACGGAUUCACUAAACUUAUCGACUUAUUGGAAGCGCUUACACAUACUGUACAGGUGAUGGGUGAAGGAAACAAUCGUGUGGUAACAUUGUCCCACCGAGCCCAAGUGCGUCGCUUUACUUCUGAUUUGUUGCGAGUCCUAAAAUCGAAAGCCAGCAAACAAGUAGCACUAUCCGAAUUUCCGAGCGUUUAUGCUAGAGUAAUAGCCAAACCAUGGGACAUUGUAGAUUAUGGAGUUUGCGAGAUUAACGACAUUCUUAGCGAAGUGUCUGAAAACACUGUCGUCGUCACCACGAUCAACGGCGGAGAUAAAAUGAUAGCAAUACCAAAACGAGAACAAACUGCGGAAGAGAUUGAACGAACGAAGCAAUUCGCUGUAGAGGUUGUGGAAUUAUUACGACACGCGCCACACUGUAGGAUGCAGUUUAAUAAAUUUGUGCCCUCGUACCAUCAUCAUUUUGGCCAUCAGUGUCGUGUGUCCGAUUACGGUUUUACCAAAUUGAUCGAGCUGUUCGAGGCCAUACCGGAUGUGGUCAAGAUCGAAGACAGCAAUUCAGGAGAACGACAGAUCUCCCUGACGGAAAAGGAAGGCGUCCGCGUACUUUCCGAACAAAUAUCGAAACUGAUCGUACGAUCAAAAGGUUGUCUUAGUAUCUCCAACAUUCCACAAUGUUUUCUCAGACAGUUUGGUUACGCGCUGAAACCAGAAUUAUUCGAUUGCGCAUCUAUCCAGCAACUUAUGCAGAAGCUUGGAGAUACAGUGAAGGUGAUGUAUUUGGCGACUGGCCCGGUAGUUACGAUGAUAGAUAAGUCUCAUUUGCAAGAAUUAACUUUACAAUGUCGUCGGGUAUUGAUGGAGAAACCUGAACACAGAACGACGCUCAAAGAGUUCCAACAAUUGUACAGCCAGUAUUAUUUGAAACUAUGCAACAUGGACGAAGUGAAACAAAAUCUGUCGAACGUUGUUCGGUUUACAACAGUCGAUAACGAGGAAUAUAUAGAGCUCAGUCCAUUACAUUGUUUCGCUUGUGACUUAUACCGUGUGAUGAUGAAUUAUGGUGGAACAUUGAGGCUUCCGCAAUUCGAGAGUGCAUAUUUGACAAGUACAGGUUCUGUUUGUAAGCCUGCAAAAUAUGGGUUCUCAACGGUGUUCGCACUUUUGCAAGCCUUGUCUUGUACAGUUACGAUACAGUUAACGCAUCGUAAGAAAACAAUUAUACACCUAAACAAGAAACUUGCUGCUGUUGGUAUACCAUUGCCGGCACCCGCUUCUACAUCGGUAUCGUCGUAUCGUGAUACGGAUUCCAGCAACGAAUCGUUCGAAAGCGAUUCCUCAUCCCGUGUCAACGUUUCCAACAAUCCAUUAUCCUGCUCAUUAAAAUGGUCCGAACAAAAUACUGAAAUUCAGGUUCCUUGGAAGCAAUGCGAUGAAACCGCUCUUUGGUCCAAGGAAUCUGACACGUACUGGAAGAUGUCGACGUCGAAAGAUCAAUUGAUCGAUUGGUCGUUGCAAGAGAGUGGAAGCGAAAUCUUUCUCAAAAGCUUGAUGCGUACUCCUAUCGUAUCAUCCACUUUUCCGCCACCGCCACCAAAACCAGAUUCGCCGCCCGAGGAGAACAAAGAUCGGUGGGAAUCUUCAGUGUGGACGACUCCCACCAAAUUCACGUAUCCACAGGAUGAACAUACCAAUGUACAAGUUCCUCCGCUAACCCUGCCUCCCUCUUGGAGUCAAAUUGUGUCCGGUGAUAGCGCAUCCAACUUGCUAUCACCAACAAAGAAUCUGCUAACGGCUGCUGCAAAUCCUUUGAAUCCACGCACAUCCCCUUACUUUUUCUCGAAACGCAACUUGGUUGUGGCUCCUCAUCCUUCCGAACUGCCACUACCUUCCUUAUCAUUAACUCCAAAGAAGAACGUGUUAACAGAAAACAUUAUUAGCACACAAAUCUUCGGGGACAAGCAAGAGAAACGUGUCAAUAAAUCAACAGAUAUAAUUGGCUCUAAGAAUUCUGACAACGAUAGCAGCAACGCGGAGAUCGAUGAUACCGAUAACGAGAAACAAAUCACUCCCACGAAGCAAUCGUUCACAGGGAAACGUCGCUUAGCUGCUCAGUUUAAUCGACCCAUCGAAUCUUAAAGGAUGACAAAAAGAGUUUAAUAAUGUACAAAUAUCGUUGUGUACGCUGGAAGCGAUGAAGCCUGGCAUCGAAGGCCACACACACUCACUCACUCUCACACACACACACACACACACACACACAACUACCACCACCGUCAUCGUCUCACCAUCGACAUACACACCACACACACACAAAAGCAUAUACAUUUCAACACCGUGAAGUGUUAAUUGGGAUUAAUAAAGAAGAGAUUUCUAGCAUCUCGGUAUGCUGUAACACAACGGGCUCAAAUACCUAUACACCGUUUCCUGAAUGGUAGGUACCCCUCCUCAUUUCUAUUUGAAAUAUAAUGCUAGCGAUACGUAUAUAAUAUAUAUAUAUUACUAGCAUUAUAUAUAUAGAUAUAUAUAUAUAUAUGGAUUUGAUACAUACGCGACAAAGAGCAGAAUUUAUUUUCAAGAAGGAUGAAAAAAAUGUAUGUAUGUAUAAUAUAUAUAUGUAUGUAUGUAUGUAUGUAUGUAUAUAUAAUAAUACCUAUGUACUAAGUAGCUAUGAUUUCUGAUUUGAAAAAUAUGAAUAAGUGUGCGGCGUUUAUACCGAGUGAUAUGUAUCGAUUAUAAUGUGUACAAAAGUUCAUGUAGCAUUUUUCAUACUGUGAUAUAGAAUAGAAAGGGAGAAUGCAAAUGAUACAUGAAUACAUUGAGGGUGAACUUAAAAUUGGCAAUAAUUGUGCAUAUUUUAUAGGUUUGGGCCAACUUAAUACUACGCCGAUACUAAUACUAAUUUAAGCAAUGGUUAUGAAAGAAUUCUCCGUGAGAAAAAAGCAUACGUCAUUACAAUUAAUAUAAUAUUUCAUACGUAUAACAGCACAAUAAGCCCAAUCCUAUUAAUUAUUGUAAAUUAUUGUCCUAAGGAAUGAUUUACAUUUAGCGAGUCAAGACAUACUGAUUAAAUUGUCAUGUCUAUAGACACAAUGUCGUUACCAAUUACAAAACCGAAUACAAUUAAUUUCUAUCGGUCAAUCGUUCGUCCUAUAUAUUCAUUUAUACAAUGAUUUUUCCUAUUUAUGUCAGUGGAUUCCCUUCAUUAUUAUCUGUUUGUUUUUAUAUAGUACACGUGAUUUUUUAAAAUUGUAUUACAAACGAAUGUAUUUUGAAUAUUUUAAUGAUAAUUGAAAGACUUUAUGUAAUACUUAGAAACACAUCAUACUAUCUCAUGGUGUACGCGAAAGUAAUUUUAAAAUGAAGGAAAUAUAAAUACACUUCCACAGUCACUGCCAAAAAGCUUAGUCGCAAGAAUCGAAAAUAUCGGACUUUCACGAAUACGAAUUGAGAGUAAUUUCUUUCUAAAAGAUUAUAAUACGGUGACAAUAAAAAAAUGUUUUAGCAAGAAUAAGACAAAACGCAAGGCUCUGUAGAAUGAAUGGUAUUGAUCGGAUCGCAAAGCAUUUACUUUUAAACAAUGGUACUACUUUAUUAGAAUAUUUUGUUCUUUCAAAAAAAAAAAAAAUUAAUAACAUUGAGAUUCAUUAUGUUACAACAAUACAUUAUUAGUAGAUUUCCACACAUAACGUGAAAUACUAACAGGAAUAAGUGUUCUCUGGUAGUUGCACGUAAAUGAUUUUGUUGAUCUCAUGUUUUAUUUUAAUUAUUAAGAAAUUUUUUUAUUAAAAUCUAAGUAUGUGUACAGUUUUGCAGCCAUAAGAAAGUCCAAAUCGUUUAUUGCAAGCGAAAGAUACGAAAAUUGCCACUGUAUCAUCGUAAUUUGGUUUAGUUGCAUUGCUUGAAAAUAAAAAAGAGAAUAAAACGUAAAAAAGAGUAACAUAUGCGAUAUAUCAAUCAAUUUCAUAAUAUUAAAAUUUACGAUUCGUUGACCGACAAUCAUGUAUUAGUAUUUUUACGAGACUUCUUGGUUUCCUGCGAUCUUUAAUCGGUCUCUAUUAAUUUGUACGAAUUAUACGAAAUGCUUUUUUUACGUGUUAUAUAUUUAUUACAUAAGAAUUAAUUCUAUUGUAUUUUAUAUUUACACGAAAGGUGGUGAUAAUUUUUAUUUAAUUGUUUCUCAAAUCAAUUGAAUCUGACACAAUUUCGAUUUUCCAUUAGUCAUAAGGAAUGUUUUUUAUAUUCAUUUAAUUUAUUUUUAAAAAUUUGUAAUAUUACUCCACUUAUGUUUGUGUAAGUAACUAUUGUGUUAUGUGUCUCUAUGCGGUAGUAACAUUCCGGCUAAUAGGAAAUUAAAUUGGUCUGUAUGCAGAAGAUGUCAAAAUACAUAAAGCUUUGUAAAGAAACAAUUGUAUCAAAAAGUUUUAUUGUAAUAACGAACGUAAACAAAAUUGUAAAAUGAAAUAUUCGAUGGAAUCAAUGGAAUCUUCUAAUCAAGUAUUUAAUAAAAUAAUUUGUUAUACAUGUACGAUAAAUACGGAUGUUUUUAUACGUUGUUACAAUAGGAAACAAAUAAAAAAAGAAUUAACAGGA